CGCCACGGCCCCCCUUGUGCCCCCGCUUUGCUCUCCUGAGUGAUAGAUGCACGCUCAUCAAAGCGGACCGCAGCCGACGGCCAUCUCUCUCUCUCUCUGUCUCCGCGGUAUCUCGGUAAAUCUCGGCUCUCAGAUUAAUUACUGUAUAGCUAAUUUCUUUAAUUCUUUAUCUCAGCAAAACAAUUUUGCUGUCCAUAUAGUUGUAGAGCAGGGGGGCUAUAGAGCACAGUUCGUUUUAAGAGGAUCACGCCAUUAAUUUCAAUAUUUUGUAGGGACCCAAAAAUCAUGCCGAAUUAUACAGAAUGCCGGUACGUAGAGAGGCUGGAUUAGACAGGUAGGUUUUACUGUGUAUUAAGCACACACCCAGUUUUUUUUCCUAAAACAUUACGUAUUGCUUUGUGUCUUGUGAGCCGCGUGACUCCUCCUACUAUGGGCUGGGAGAUUCAGAGAAAGAGCUGGCAGCUGAGUGUAAACAAAAUCUUUGUAUAAUUUGACAGGGUGAUUCUGUAUUACAGAGAAAUCGAAUGAGGACUUCGUGAAACAAAAACAUGUAGAAUACCUUGCAGUCGAGGUCACAGCCCAAAAGGGUUGAUAUUUCGGCAUUUUCUGCAAGGUUAUAAUAAUUCUGUAUUAUUAUCGCUGAUUUAUUUUGCAUGAUGGCGUCCCCGGCAGAACAGGAGCUUACUUUGGCAGAAAAUGAAAGCAGCAAAGAAAAAGACCAAACGUUUGGCAUCCUCAGAUUACAAGAAGAAAAAUCGAACCAGGAUAAUACUGUCAGUAAGCAGGCGGGGGAUGGGAGGUGGCAGGCACCCAUAUUCGCAUUAGCCAGGAAAGCCUCGGAGACGCUGUCGGGAAGCAUCCACGUCCUACCGAAAGCAGUUGAGCAGAAUAAAACGUCUCCUCAUUUUUCCGAGGACUGGGUAUAUAAGGCUAUUAGAGAUCCCAUGGCAGUAGAACGAGCAAACUUGUUGAACAUGGCAAAACUCAGCAUAAAGGGACUGAUUGAAUCUGCUCUGAGUUUCGGUCGCACCCUGGACUCCGAUUACCCCCCCCUCCAGCAGUUCUUUGUUGUAAUGGAGCACUGUCUUAAACACGGCCUUAAAGUGAAGAAGUCUUUCCUGGGCUAUAAUAAAUCUCUUUGGGGACCCCUGGAGCUGGUUGAGAAGCUUUGUCCAGAAGCUGGAGAGAUAGCUGCCAGUGUCCGUGACCUGCCUGGGCUCAAGACUCCUCUAGGCCGUGCUCGGGCGUGGCUCAGGUUGGCUCUGAUGCAGAAGAAACUGGCAGAUUACCUGCGCUGCUUAAUUACCAGGAAGGACCUCUUGAGUGAUUUUUACGAGUAUUAUGCAGUAAUGGUAGAGGAGGAAGGAGCGGUUAUCGUUGGGCUGUUAGUAGGACUGAACGUAAUUGAUGCAAACCUGUGUGUGAAAGGAGAAGAUCUGGAUUCACAAGUUGGAGUUAUUGACUUUUCCAUUUACCUCAAGAAUGACAUUGAUGAUUAUAGAAGUGAAGAAAGAAAUGGACAAAUUGCUGCUAUGCUGGACCAGAAGAACUAUGUAGAAGAACUGAAUCGACAAUUGAAUUCCACCGUACAUAGCCUGCAAGGCAGAGUUGAUUCAAUGGAGAGGUCAAACACUAAACUGAUUGAGGAGCUGGCAAUAGCAAAGAACAAUAUAAUUAAACUACAGGAAGAAAAUCAUCAGCUAAGAAAUGAGAAUGCCAUCGUUUUGAUGAAAGCACACCAACAGCUAGAGGUGACGAAGGUUGACAUCGACAGUGAGCUGGACACAUACAAGCAGUCAAGAGAAGGGCUGGAUGAGAUGUACAAUGAUGCACGUAGACAGCUGCGAGAGGAGUGUCAGCUCAGACAGGAAGUUGAGAAUGAACUCGUGGUGCAGGUGAGCAUGAAGCAUGAGAUGGAGCUCGCCAUGAAGCUUCUUGAAAAGGACAUCCAUGAAAAACAGGACAGCCUGAUUGGUCUGCGGCAACAGUUGGAUGAAGUCAAAACCAUUAACAUAGAGAUGUAUCAAAGAAUGCAGCGUUCUGAUGAUGGUUUGAAGCAGAAGAAUGACAUAAUAAGCAGGCUUGAGGAGAAGACCAAUCAGAUAACUGCAACCAUGAAGCAGCUGGAACAAAGAUUACAGCAAGCAGAGAGGGAGCGCUGCACAGCCGAGGAUGGGGCCAGGAAAUUCAAACAGGAAUUUGCCAAUAAGGCCAACAGCCUGCAAAAGCAGAUUUCCCAAAGAGAGAAGCAGCAAACUCAGCUGGAAACAGAUUUAAAUAUAGAAAAGGAAUGGAGGCAUACAUUGCAGAAUGAUCUUCAGAGGGAAAGAGAAACCAUAUCACAACUCACCACAGAGGCACAACAGAUCAAUGGGCUUAAAAAGGAAUUUUAUACAUUACAAGAUGAAAAUUGUCAGCUGAAGAGAAUAUGUGAAGAGCAAGAACAAGCUCUGCAGGAGUUGGGAUACAAGCUCAGCGAGUCAAAAAUGAAAAUUGAAGAUAUACAGGAAGCAAACAAGGCACUGCAGGGGGGCCAAGUGUGGCUAAAAGACAAAGAUGCUACUCACUGUAAACUUUGUGAAAAGGAGUUCUCAAUCUCCAGGAGAAAACAUCACUGUAGAAACUGUGGCGAGAUCUUCUGUAACUCUUGUUCAGACAAUGAUCUUCCUCUCCCAGCCUCACCAAAGCCAGUGCGGGUGUGUGACACUUGUCAUGCGAUGCUCUUACAGCGUUGCUCCUCCAACUUGGCAUGAGAACCAGGUCUUCAUAUGCUGUACAUGGUACACUACUAACACAGCCUUCACUCUAAUUACAUGGAUUUUCAAAAGCAUUUUUUAUUGUCUGCAAUGGAAGUGCACAAAGCCAAAAGUGAAACAAUGUUAAUCUCAGAUAUGUUGACAGUUUACAUUACUUUAUCAAAAAAAUAAAUCAUUUCUGCUAGCAGCUUUUUAGCACUAGAACAUAAAUUAUUAGAUAAUGACUGGAAUAUGGUUUAAUUUUUUUGAAAAAGACAAAACAUCAUGGUUAUUGUCCUGAGCACUUAUAUUUAAUAUACUAUGGACAUUUUUAGACCACCUAAAGCUGAACGGUAAUAUAAACACGCCAGUUUAUUGUCCAAAAAAAUGCCAAAUUUUUAUUUUAUUUUUAUUUAAAAGUACUGUUAAUAGUGACAAAAAUAACAACUGGGCAACUUCGGCUAUGAUGGUAAAUCUAAUCCAGGUUAAACAGGUGUAAUCAUAAUCACCUGCUUCGGGGGGGGGGGGCGGGGGGAACCACAGCAUCGUUUUGGGUUUUGCUGGUUGAGAAGUGCAGAGUACAUUCUGGAUGCAGUAUGUUUUAACAUCCAGGUUUACACUAAGCUAGUUUCAUCAAUGCAUUCUGGGCACACUAACCCUGUUGGGCUACAUUUUAAACUUGAUUGUGCUAAUGUGCCUAAAAAUCAGUAUAUCUUUAUUGAAAUAUUACAUUUUUUUUUUAUAUGGUCAUCGUAUACAUUUGGAUAAUUUGAAAUACCUGUAAGUGGAUUUUUCUAUUCUUGAAAAAGCUGGAAUAUGUUAAAUUUGAAAAUGUGGUCCAAUGCAGUAUUUUAUGUUCAUCCUAAUAUUUCAACCAAGAAUUUGUAUUGAAUAUACAGUAAUAUCAAUUUAUAAUUUAUUGCAAUACAGAAAUAACAAAAUAUUUAUCCACAUACAAAACUAAUAUUGUAUAUAAUCACUAGAAGUUAUCAGUUGUAUUUCAUAUAAACUUACUGAAGUAUGUUUGUGUUUAAUAUAUAAAGGAGGUAUAACUGCAGUGUACUGAAAUGGAUGUACACAAAGUUAAAACGAUACAUUAUAUGAUGAAAAAAUAUGAAUUUUAUUUCAUAGCGUUAGUUGUAUAAUCUAAAAUAAAUACUUGGUAUAAUUGUUGAACACAAGUUUAUUUGAUAAAGCAUUUUAUUUAUGACAGAAGCAGAAUUUUUUGUAAAUGCAUUUUUUUUUGUUUACAGAUUUGCUGACAAAACUGAGAUGUAAUAUGCAUAUUACUCUAGAAUACCAUGUCUGAAUAGUUUUACAAACAGAAUGUAGACUUCAUGAUUGCUCUCAUAAUACAGCGUUUCUACUUUAUGCAGAUUACUUUAAUAAUUUGUACCCAUGAUACUGUUUUUGUAUCUUGCAGUUUUUAUGAAAUAGUAGUGCAUUAAUAGGAAUCAGUGCACUGACUAAUUUAUAACAAAUUCUUACUAAAUCGCAAUGGACGGUCUAUUCUGCAUAAUUGCUGUACUGUUUUAUAUAAUUAAAUAAUAAUGUAUUAAUUAAAAUGGAUUCAAAGUCUGUUACUUUUACCAUUACCUGCUACACCCUUUUCAGGCCAGCUGAUGAAAUAAGGACACCCAGAUACUACUUUUUAAACAUAGCAACAUUUUAUAACCUAUUGCUUUUAAAGGUUAGAAA